GCAGAUGCAUAUCGAGGGCGCCUACCACAAGAAGGCGUUGCUCAGGAAGGAGAGGGAAGCGGCUGGAGAGGUCAUACAACCACCAAAUCCGCCGGGCACGGGCAAGAGAGCGCAGAAGAAACUCAAGUCUUUCCCCCCGGGUGUUGAGGGCAGCACGAACGACACGUCCAAGAAGAACAUGAAUACGUUCAUGGGAACUGACGUGAAGAUCAGGUACGCCGAACAGGUGGUUACCCCGGAGGUUAACAAGUCGGUCGUGGAGUGCAUCGGUGAGCUCAAGAGGUUCCAGGACCGCCUCUACUUCAAGGACCCAAUCAAGGCAAAGAUGCGUCGCCGCCUGGUUUUUGGCCUGAGGGAGGUUCACAAGUCCGUGACGUUGCAGAGGGCCAAGGCCGUUGUCGUCGCACCCAACAUCGAGGAGACCGAGCAAGAAGGGGGCUUGGAUGACGUCGUCGGCCAAAUCAUCGAGGAGGCAAAGGCGAACGGCACUCCGCUCAUCUUCGCGCUCACCCGAGGUCGGCUCGGACAGAUUGUCUGCAAGCGCAUGAGGAUCUCCGCGCUCGCGGUGCUAGAUCAGAGCGGAGCAGAAGAGCAGUUCAAAAAGAUGCUCGACGAUGCUAAGGAAGGUCGCAAGUUGUAUGCGAACAAGAAGCGGCAGGAGGAGGAGGAGGCCGCAAAGGCGAAGAAUCCACCAGCAGAGGCAAAACUAAACCCAACGGCCCCGCUGUUUGUGCCUCGGUCAGCGAAUAACUCUUCUUAGCUAGCUACUAGAGCGUUCUAUGAAUGCUACCUACUACUU